AAGCAAUUUUCCACUAAGUCUCCAAGUUGAAUGAGCAGCAAUUCGAGGCUCGACGACGACGACGACGACGACGACCAAGUUUUCGAGUCUUUGCCGGCGAUCGACUCGAACGGCGCUGAUAGUGAUAAUACUCAUUGUAAUACAAAUCACAGUGCUCAGAAGGACGAUCACGUCGCUGCUGCUCAGACAGAAUCCCUCGCAAGCUUGGUCGCUGCAGUCCCUCAGCCACAGCCACAGCCACAGCCUCAGCCGCAGCGACCAGCAAGUACUGGCAGCAUGAUGGCGCUCAUGUCAGCUGCAUCACUGCCGUCGUCGUCACUGCCGUCGUCGUUCACAGACGCAACGACACUCAAGCUCGUUCUCACUGCGUCGGCGGACGCUGAGCCGCUCACCCGGCGCCUGGCGUGGCAGAUUGGCGAGCCGUCGCAGUCGCCGUUCGUCCAGAGCGUCGUCGUGACCAACUAUGGCGGCCGGAUGAACGAUGCGGCCGUGACGCUGCUGGCUGAAGCAAUCCAGUCGCGCAACAUUCGCUGCUUGGACCCCGAACGGAGCAACCUCACUGCAGACGGAUACCCCAUGGAAACACUCGCUGGACAACAUCCAAUAUCACACAUAAGCAUCCAGCACGGCGCAAUCACCGCGCUGGGCGCUCGAUCGCUGCUCAGUGCCGCGCAGGUCUCGCCGGCAAUCAUUUCGAUCGACCUCGCUGGCAAUCCACAGAUUCCAGCGAGCGUUCUGGCUGAGAUUGCAAGUACGUGCGGGUUUUCGUAUCUGUGCGAAUGGCAAUUGCAGCUUGGCUCCACGGGACUCCACUUGAACGACUCCUCAGUGACUUCCACAAUGAGCGCUCAUCAGCCGCUUCGUGUGAUUUGCUGCGGCGGCCAUUUCAUUUCGCGCGCUGGUGCUGCAGAACUCGCGCUAUGGCUCGAGCGGUGGCGCUGGCCUGCCGACAAUCGCAGCCAAGGUGCGUCGUCAAGCACGCAUGCUGGAGUCGCGCUGUUGCUCGCCGGAAACAACGUCGACGAUGGAGCGCUGGCCGCCUUCCUGUCAUCGUCUUGUGCUGCGCCCGAGGCAUCCAACGUCUCUGCUGGCGUAAUUUCGCUCGUGUCGAUUGCUUCGCACUUUUCGCCAGACGUUCGCCCGCCUGCCAUCCCGCAUCUCGCGCAUCUCGCUGUUGUGGACUUUUCCGACAACCCGCUGUCCAACGCUGCCCUGCCGAUGCUUGGCAAGCUUGUCAUGGUUUGUGGCCGCACUUUGACUGCCUUUUACCUGAAUGCGUGCUGCCUGGCCAUGACCGACGCCAGCGGCCAGCCCUUGCACGACCUCCUCGAAUUUUUGCAAACCCUGUCCGACCAUGCCCGCAAGCUUCGAGUUUUGUCACUCCAGCAGAAUGGCAUCAAUGGCCAUGCCGCCCUUCUGCUAAUCAACACGUGUCUGCGUCCAGAAUUGAAAAAGGAGCUGUGCGUGCUCGAUCUCUCACGCAACCAACUCACCGACAUGGACUAUGACCGACUUGCCCCAGCUCUCGACCAAAACACUGGCCUGGCUGUGCUGCUGCACGACAACCCUCUCGAUGUAUUUAUGGAUGAGCCGUGGAUUGGCCGGAAUGUUCGUGCUGCACGGGCCCCGGAACCAGUCAACUCUGCUACAGUCGACUCUGCCACGAGUGCCGAGGCAACCGUCCGCAUCGCCAUGACUUGGUGCCAAGGCCCAGAAGCCAUGUAUGCCGACUCUGAAAUCGCAGCGGCAAUUGGGCUGGUGACGCGGGUUUCAGCACCCACCAUCACACGGCAAGGCGACACAACAUUCCGCGAUAUCGUCAUUCAGGGUGUGCAAUGCGAUUCAGAGGCCGGCGCGGCCCCGGAACAGGCGCCGCAUGGGUUUUUGUUUGUCUUUUCUGCCUGCGAUCGACGCGGCUACGAGUCAGUCUUUGAUGCGCUACUUGCCCUUCGAACGUCCAGAUCGACCGCUGGCACCCAAUUGCCUGUUUUGAUCAUUUGUGAUACGUCUCGCCGCUCCCAUGCUGGUUCCGCCUCUCGCCGAGCGCUUGUUGUUCGGGAGCCAGAGAUGCGCGCCUUUGCAGCCUCCUUCCAGGCAAGCUACGUCUAUGCCCCGCUCGACACAACCUCAUCCAGCCUUCCAGAUCCCAUCAACGCUCAACUUCGACAAUUGCUUCGGCACAGCUUUAGUUGGAGGAUCGGUCAGACGCCCGGUCUGUCCUAUACGCUCGCACGCAUGCGAACAGUCCUGCGUUCAUCCGUCCACACCCCGCUGAACGCCUCGUCCCUGCUCGUCCAAAUUCGUCGGCAGCAGCAUGCGGCACAGGUGGCACUGUAUCACGAGCUUCGGCUUGUCUCGAGCCUUGCCACUCGACCGGUGGUGCUUCUCUGCGGCCUCCGAAAUACCGGCAAGUCCACCCUGGCCGCGACGCUCGCCGGACUCGAGCACACACCGGCCCCAACACGCCGCUUUGUCAUUGUCGACUGUGCCGCUUCCGGAAUGACCAUCUGCGACUCCCCAGGCUUAGAAACAGACAUGUUCACGAUUGACCAUCUGACAGCCAAUCUGCAAUCACAGCUCGAAAUUGCACGACACUUGUCGCCAGCGGCCGUCAAAGACCAGUAUUCCGAGGCCGAGGCCCUCAUUGGUGGCAUUCACGUUUUGUGGUACACUGUGUCUGCAGACGCGGUGGCAGAGCGUGGCGGAUUAUCGGAAACAGAUGUCGCUGCGCUCACACGGUUGACCCGAUGCACCGCCGCCACCCAGCUUCCGGCGCUCGUGCUGGUCAGCAUUUCGCCGUUGAGCGCUCGCUACCGCGCCUUUUCGCGGUUUUACUUUCUCUUUGUCAAGAAACUGGUUGUUGCCAGUCUUCAGCUGCACGACUGCCAGCGGUUUGUGACGGACGUCGUGCCUUUCAUCGCAUCGGACGUGCCGGCCUUUGAGGACAUGCGGAGCUCGCUGACAGUCCCACGUCUCGGUGAGCGAUUGCCUGAUCGAUUGGCGCCCCACUGCCCGACCUGCUUCUCGGAUGCAUUAGUCGGUCUACGGCCAUCUGCUUCUGCUUCUGCACCAAUGUCCACAGCUGGGUCUAAUGUAGUUGCAGCAAGCACGCCGCCGCCCUCUCCAGCACGGUCGCGUCUCGUUCCUGACAGUGUCGCGAAUCGCUUCUUGUGCAAGGCGUGCCAAUCGAGCUUUGAACCUUGGCUGAAUCCCAGCGACACCGCGGAUGUUGUUGUCGCCCAAACCAAGCGCCAGCUGCCUGGCAUUGUGCAGCAGGUAUUUGGAAGCACGCAACGGAUCAAGCUGGCCGAACUACGCCGUCGCUCAAUCCACCUCAUUCGCACAACGGUGAUCAACUCGAGUGUCGCCACCCGCGUCGAGUUUUACGAUGUCGUCUCCGAUCUGCUCGGCCGUGUCGCCCUUCUGUGGUCGUUUGAUUUGGGCAACGUGACGCCAGCCAGUGUCAAGGACAUUUGCGAUGUGGUCGUUGGCAAGCAGGGCAUGUUUUUCAGCCCCUCAAGCGCCACGCUGCGUGCUCGGAUCGGCACAAUCGGCGCGGUCUGGAUGCUGCAUCUCGAGAGUCUGUACGAGAAAACGCUGCGCAUCGUCCUCGCAGGCAUCCCUGGAAUUGCGCGACCGCCUCAGCCGUCCGUGUAUGUCGAUUUUGCGACGCUGGCCGCUCACACAGCCGUCCUGGAAACUGUUGCCUUGCUCGCAGAGCCGAUUCUCGAGCCGUGCUGGUCGUCCACGCAGCCGCUCCCUGUCGACGAUGCCGCGCUGCUCCAGCCGCUCGAGUCACUUGCGCGGGAAAUUCGCACCGUGCUGUCGAAAGCAAACCUGCCAGAGUCUGAGGCGAUGCGCGCCAUGCCAAACUACCUCGAGUAUCAGAUCCAGUCGCUCGGGCUGCAACUCGCCACCGGGCGCAAAUCCCCCGAUGCGUUUUCGGCUGCCAUUCGCGUCAUCUUUGAGCAGGAACCAGUGCAGUUUUACUGGUGCUUCCUCGAGGUUAUCGAACCGCUGAUGCGACGCGCUCACCUCUAUUGCGAGCCAUCCCACCAUCGCGUCAACCUCUCGCUCGCGGCCGAGUGCAACGAUUUGCGAUGUGUUGUUCGCCGCACUGCCCUCGCGCAAGGCGUCCUUCUCGUCGACGAUUUGCUCUCGACCAUCCCGCGCGAGCGUCAAGCGCUCUGGCAGCGUGUUGCCGAAUUCCGUGCGCUGCUCGUCGGUGGCAGCUAAAACAAAAAAGCAGCAGAUCUGACGCUUUGAGGAUUUCGCUCGAUGCACACAAUCAAUAUACUGUC